GUGUGUAUGUAUAUGUGUGUGUGUGUGUGUGUAUAUAUAUGUGUGUGUGUGUAUAUAUGUAUAUGUUUAACUGGGAGGGGUUUGAAGUAAAAAUAACACCCAGGUAUCUGACUCCUCUCAACCCAAUUACUAAAUGUUUUAACUUGCAUAAUUCUGUUGGCUUGAUUCUUGUUAUCAUCAUAGCAACAUUUUUUUCUUUAAUAUUUAGUUUACCCUUGUGGAGGACCUACAAGUAUAACCCAAUACAAUACAAUUCAAUGUAUUGCAGGGCUGUUUACCAAAUACACUGGUGACUCGGUGUAUAACAUCAUUUUUCCUGCAAUGCUUUUCUUCAGGAGUCCGGUACUGGCAAUGGGGAGUUUAAGAAAGCCCGUACCGAUGAAUCUGAAGCCGCGCCAUCUUCAGAGGUGCAUUCAGAGCAACGAGACGAGAUGCUGCAACUGUACAAGCUUCAAAUGCCAGAAGAUCUGUACCACUUCUGGGACUUCUGCAAGGAGCUCCGCCCCGACAGCCCCCGUGGUGCUCUGAAAGACACGCUGGGUUUGCAGCUGGUUGGUCCCUUCGACAUCCUGGCAGGAGCCCACAAAAACGCCAACAAUCCUCAGCCCAACUUCCACCUCCACUGGCGGUAUUUAUACGACCCGCCGGAGUUUCAGACCAUCCUCCUGGGGAGUGGAGACAGUCAGCAUCACAUCGGCUACUACAGAGACCUUCCAGACUCCCUGCCUUCGUUCGUUGGGGAAAAUGAAGCCAAGAAAGGCUGCGCCAUCGCGCAGAUGGGAGACAAUAUGUUCGCUGCUGUCCUUACGCUGACACUGCACUUUUCAUUUCUCACCAGUAGCAAACGCCUGUAUCUGUUGAGGAGGAGGAAAGAGAGGGGCAGCAAGAAAGCUGGCGGAGACGCCUUGGACAGCUUGGAGGCACAGCUGAGGGACAGGGCGGAGACUCUGUGCUUGUCCCUAGAGCAGAAGACCAAAGCCAUGAAGCAGAGGGACAAGAAGGUGGUCACCAAGGCGUUCCACGGUGCCGGCAUCGUUGUACCUGUAGACAAGAACGAUGUCGGAUACAGAGAACUACCAGAAACGGAUGCUGGCCUCAAGAAGAUCCUCAAGGCCAUCGCUGAGGCCCGGAACGACGAAGAGCGCGUCAAAGCCUUUGGACCUCUCCAGGAGAUGGUCACUUUUGUUCAGUUUGCCAACGACGAGUGUGACUACGGCAUGGGAUAUGAACUAGGAAUGGACCUCUUCUGUUUCGGAUCCCACGUGAGUCUUCCAAUCCCUUUGUUGUCUGACAGUAGUAGCUGGUCUACAGGGCUCCAUCCGUCCCAAAAAUCAUUUCAACCACUCUGAAGUCAGUGUAAACAU